AUGUUUACUCUGUCCGAGCUGUGGUCUGUCAGUGAGAGGCAGGGUCACUAUAAGCUCCUAAAGCCGUGGUGGGAGGUCUUCAUGGACUACCUGGUGCUCCUCAUGCUGAUGGUGUCUAUCCUAGCCGGGACGCUCCUGCUGUCACAAGACAGAGUCGUGUGCGUCCCUGUUCACUCCACACCGAGCAACGACAGCGUUUUUAAGACUCCCUCAUCUUCCCAGAUGCCUUCUUAUCAUUCUAUACAUGAGAGCACGCCUAAGGGCAUUAGAAACUUCUUGGACUUCCAGCAGUACACCUACGUGAGCCAUGUGUGCUACCAUGAGGCCCUGCCAUGGUUCUCACGAUUCCUGCCCUACGUGACCCUUUUGCAGUCGCUGAUCCUCCUCGCCAGCGGCUCCUUCUGGUUCCACUUCCCACUCACUUCUGCCAGGAUUGAGCAUUUCUUGGCCAUACUGGCUAAGUGCUGCGAGUCACCCUGGACCUCCAGGGCUCUUUCCCAUGCUGCCCGGCUAUACAGGGCCGGCAGUCACCCUUCAGAGGUGGAAAAGCAGACGAGGACUUCUCUUCCUAAACCGUUUACCCGACACGCCAGUCUUGAUUCAGGGACAGACAGCCCCCUGCUGGCUAGGACCAGUAGUACAUCUACUUUCCAGCCUUCUCCGUGUCCAUCCAAUUCCUCUCGCUGCUCCACACUGUCUGCUCUGGCAGAUCCAGAACCUCCUGCUGUAUCUAAAGCAGCUCCAGUCCUUCCAGAAGGUUCUACACCCAGGCAGGCUAUGGACCGAAGUGAUGGAGAACAGGCCAGAGCUCUUUUUGAGAGGGUUCGCAGGUUUCGAGCUCACUGUGAGAGCUCUGAUAUUAUUUACAAGGUGUACACAGCCCAGACAGUGUUCAAGGUGCUGAAGUUCAUCAUAAUCGUAGGCUACACCACUCCUUUAUUGGGUUCCAUCACGUUUAAUCACAUCUGCCAGCCCCACUCGCAUGCUUUAAUAGGAUAUGAGGAGUAUCAGUGCAGCCACUCACUGUCGUCUGUACUUCGCAAGCUGAUGAAAGCCUACAUCUGCCUCGUAAGCCUGUAUGGAUUGUUGGGCAUCUACACCCUUUUCUGGAUCUUCCACAAGUCUUUGAGACAGUACUCAUUCAAGCGUCUGAGGGAAACUGGUUCCAUGUGGGACGCUCCGGACCUAUGUAACGACCUGGCCUUUCUUUUACACAUGACCGACCAGUACGACCCCUUACUGGCUCAGCGUCUCUCAGUCUUCUUGUCUCCUGUCAGUGAGACUCGUCUCAUGGAGGAAAACCUAGACCGUCGCUGGAACGCCUCCCGUCUGCGCUCAAUGAUAAGCUCCGACCAGCAGGGGCGCUCAGUGCUGCAGCUGGUGGCGGUUCCUCAUCUCCCUCCGGCUCUAUUUACCCUGGGUCAGCUGGAGGUCCUUAAGCUUGAGCUAAUUGGAGACGCCAAACUGACAGCACAGAUCUCAAACAUGGCUGCUCUGAGGGAGCUGCACUUGUACCACUGCUCUGCCUCGGUGGAGACUUCUGCCCUGACGUUUCUCCAAGAGCGCCUGGAGUCUCUGCACCUGACCUUCACCCAUGCGCUGGAGAUCCCAGGCUGGGUGUACUCUCUACGCAGUUUGCAGGAGCUGCACUUGAGUGGCCGAGUGGCCAGCGAGGGCACCGUGGGUCGCGGCUGGGCGUUGAACAGCUUGCGCCACUUGCGCCACCUGCGCGUUCUAUCCCUGUAUGGCAUGGUGCUGAGAAUACCUUCCGAGCUGAGUGAGGUUUCGGGCAGCUUGAUGCGUUUAGAGAUCCACAAUGAAGGAGCCAGGCUGCUGGUGCUAACAGGACUUAGACGCCUGGCCGGAUUGGCUGAGCUGGAGCUGCAGGGUUGCCAGAUCGAGAGGCUGCCGUCUGCCUUGCUGGCUCUGGCGGGAUUGCGCAGUUUGGACCUGCGCCACAACAGCCUGAGGACCUUGGAGGAACUGUUGGGACUGCAGCAUCUAAGGCAUCUUUCCAGUCUACGACUGGCCCACAAUCGCAUCCUGGCCAUUCCCACCAGCAUUGGCAUUCUGCGUGCCCUUGAGCUCUUGGACUUGGCACACAACGAGCUGCGCAGUCUUCCACCGGCUCUUUUUACGCUACACCGACUUCGACGCCUUUUGCUGGCUGGUAACCUGCUUGAGGAAAUACCAGAUGAAGUGGGGGCACUUUCUCUCCUCAGUGAGCUCGACCUAAAUGGGAACAGACUUGAGAAUCUUCCCAAGAGGCUUUUCACCAACUGCAAGGAGUUGCGUAUUCUCAACGUAGCUAACAACUCCAUCGGUUCCCUAGACGUGGAGAUCGGGUCGUUGAGACAUCUGUCCAAGCUGAAUAUUCAAGGAAACAACUUUGAGGAGCUUCCAGUCGAGCUGGGCUGCUGCUCAGGGCUGUGCAGUGGUGGUUUGCUGGUGGAGAACUGGCUUCUCCACACUUUACCCCGGCAUGUCAGAGAAUCUCUACAGCAGCCAUCUUGUGGGUCUUUGGAGGCCAGUUCCCGCCCUGCUUCAGACGUCUUUCCCACCUUCCCCACCACCCAGUGGAGCUUCUUCUCUGCUAUGGAAUCACGGAUAUAA